UAUGGCCUCUCCAAGCAGCAUCUACACCACUCACUGCUGAAAAGAAGAAGCGAAACCACAGCACUGUGUGAGACUCGCAGUCCAUGUCCUUCAGGACAUAUGCAGUCCACUUCAUCUGCGUCUCAUCUCUGCAAAAAAGCUGAGGCCAUGGUUGUCGUGUGAAAACCUAUCGGUUGCGACUCGGACUGGAGGAACGGGACCGACCCAGAACGCCUCUUUUUCAGGUGUCAGCUGGUGAAGUAUUUGUAUGUGUGUGCGAGCGUGUGUGUGUACAAGCAGGCACGUGUGUUUCCUCAACCCAGCCAGUGUUUAGAGAGGAGUGUGUCCUGAACGCAUCUCACAGGGACCAUGAGUGAGCUGGAACAGUUGCGGCAGGAAGCUGAGCAGCUACGCCACCAGAUCCGGGAUGCCAGGAAAGCCUGCAGUGAUUCCACUUUGUCACAGAUCACGGCUGGUCUGGACUCAGUGGGUCGGAUACAGAUGCGGACACGACGUACCCUCAGGGGACACCUGGCCAAGAUCUAUGCAAUGCACUGGGGGAGUGACUCCAGGUUACUGGUCAGUGCCUCGCAAGAUGGGAAACUGAUCAUCUGGGACAGCUACACAACAAACAAGAUGCAUGCUAUCCCGCUGCGUUCUUCAUGGGUGAUGACAUGCGCCUACGCCCCCUCUGGGAACUAUGUGGCCUGUGGAGGUCUGGAUAACAUCUGCUCGAUAUACAACCUGAAGACCCGCGAGGGCAACGUGCGGGUCACUCGAGAGCUACCCGGACACACAGGUUAUUUGUCCUGCUGCCGCUUCCUGGAUGACAACCAGAUACUAACCAGCUCUGGAGACACCACCUGUGCAUUAUGGGACAUAGAGACAGGCCAGCAGGCCACCUCCUUCACCGGCCACACGGGUGACGUGAUGAGCCUGUCUCUCAGCCCAGACUACAGGACUUUUGUGUCUGGAGCCUGUGACGCCACCUCCAAGCUGUGGGACAUCCGUGACGGCAUGUGUAGGCAGUCGUUCACCGGCCACGUGUCUGACAUCAACGCAGUCUGCUUCUUCCCCAAUGGGAAUGCGUUCGGCACCGGCUCGGACGACGCCACCUGCAGGUUGUUUGACCUGCGUGCCGACCAGGAGCUGAUGAUGUACAGCCACGACAACAUCAUCUGCGGCAUCACCUCUGUGGCUUUCUCCAAGAGCGGCCGCCUGCUUUUAGCCGGCUAUGACGACUUCAACUGCAACGUGUGGGACACUCUGAAAGGGGACCGAGCAGGCGUGCUCGCAGGCCACGACAACCGAGUGAGCUGCUUAGGAGUGACGAACGACGGCAUGGCUGUGGCCACCGGCUCCUGGGACAGUUUCCUCCGGAUCUGGAACUGAACUGAACGUCUCGCCUGAUGUACUGGAUCACUGCCCUCCACCUCGGUUCUGCAGCCCCCGACCCAUCCGCUGGGCUGGACCUGAGGGAGGGCAAUUUGAAAAGCCCUUUUAAUUCCUCCCAUCUGAAGACUUUGUCAACCUUUUUUUUUUUUUCUCUCCACCCAGCGAUAAUGGAGCAACAAAAACCUCCUUUAUAAAAAGUUGUUCAAUUUAAAACCAAGAAAUUAUUCCAAAUGAGAAAAAAAUAUAUAUAUCGUAAAGAUAACUUAUUUUUUCUUCUAAAGGGCAUUAAAGUGCAUCUGUGGCCAUGAGUACAAAACAAAAUUAGGAUCAGUGUGUAAUGUAAAUGUAUAUAAAGGCAGUAUAUAUGUAUAGCAUUAUGUGUGUAUAUAUAUAUGCAUCAUAUAUGCAUAUAUAAUGUGUGUAUGUAUAUAUUUUUGUAGUUCAUUUGCCACUUGAGGUAUUUUUGUUGCUUUUUUCCUUCUCUUGUUAUAGACAUCCCGCAGAACACCAGAAAUUUUAGCUUUCAUUAAAAGAAAAAUCUCAGUUAGUCUAAUCACUCA